AGUCCAGACUCCACUAUCUCAUUCCAGGUCUUCUCUUCGUCUCGUUUGUCUAUUCAGGUCCCCAACAAUUCCAAAAUUGACAUCCACCAUAUGGCCACCGCCGGCGCCGUCGUUGACAGGCUCCUACGCCGGCUGGCCUCCGAUGCGCGCCGAUUGGAUCUGCCCUCCAACAUAGACCAGCACGUGGCUCAUGUGUGGCGAACUCUGGCCAGGUUGCAAGAUGUGCUCGCAAGCGUGGAGAGAUAUUUUCGGGUGCGCACUGAGGUGCAGGAUUGGAUGACGAAGAUCAAUCAGAUUGUCUAUCAAAUGGAGGAUCUCUUGGAUGAAUUUGAAGACCAAAAUUGCAUCGAGUCUCAGAGGAGCAGCUGUGUCGCAAAGGCCACAUCAUUUUGUUCCACACGUCCAUUUCUCUUGAAUAGUACUAGUGCAAAUAAAAUGAAGGGACUCAGAAGAAGGUUGGAUAUUUUAGCAAAAGAUUCUGUCACUUUCAGAUUGAUGCAACACUCAAGGCAUGAUAUUGAACAAUCUGAUAACCAAGAAGAGUUUUACAGAUCUGCAAUCAUUGGAAGAGACAAUGACAAAGCAAAAUUGAAGGAAGUAAUCUUGCAAAAUGAUGCAGAAACAUUGUCCAUUGUUCCCAUAGUUGGGAUUGUGGGUUUGGGGAAAACAGCUCUUGCCAGAUUGAUAUUCCAUGACCAGGGAGAAGGGUGGAAUUUUGAUCUUCGCAUUUGGGUUGACUUAAAUAUGAAAUUUGAUCUUAAAAAUAUUUCUGCUGAUAUAAUCUCCCAAGCUAUUGAAACAAAAAGAGAAAGAGCCUCAGUGGUUAAUACCAGUGUUGAGAUUCAUGACAAUCUCCAAUUGCUAAAGAAUCAUCUGCAGGAGAUCCUUCAUGACCAAAGUUGUCUGAUUGUCUUGGAUGGCCUAUGUAGCACAGAUAAAAACCAGUUAGAUGAAUUGAAGGACAUGCUAAGGGGCACAAAGAAAUGCAUCAAGGUCUUAGUGACCACCCCCAAUGAAAUAACUGCAGAAUUAAUGCACACUGUUCCACCAUACAUGUUGCUUCCAUUGUCUGAUGAUGACUGUUGGGCAAUAUUUUCUCAGAAGGCAUUUGGGGAUGGAGUUGCUGUUAAUGCAUCCCUAGAAGAAAUUGGGAAGCACAUUGUGAAAAGAUGUGAAGGAAUACCUGCUGUAGCUCAUUCUCUUGGUUCAGUACUGCACAAUCAAGACAUGGCUGUCUGGUUAGCUGCAAGGGAUGAAGAAAUAUGGAAAUUCGAGAAAAGAUAUUCCACCAAAAUUGAAUUGUUUUCAUCAUUCAAUCAUAUAUAUGACAUGCCCUCAGCACUUAAACUGUGCUUUAUAUAUUUGUCAAUAUUUCCUAAAGGAUCCAUUAUAGACAAGGAAAAACUUAUCUGGCAGUGGAUUGCACUUGAUAUGAUCGGAUCGAAACAUGAAGCUUUGCCUUCUUAUGUUCAUGGGGAGAUGUAUAUUCAGCACCUUCAAUCAAUAUAUUUUCUCCAAGUUCAAAAGACACCUCUGGUUAAUGGAACAGAAAACAGAACAGCUCCUACAAUACUCUAUAUGCAUAACUUUGCCCAUGAUUUUGCAAUGCAUGUUGCCAGCAAUGAUACUAUAAUAUCAGAUGAUAGAGACAUGAUCAGCUAUAAAAAGAGGCUCGCUUUCCAUUAUGCACUGCUGACCAACUACAGAGGACAAUCGACAUUUUUCAGUCCACUGCUCACUAGGGCAAGGGCAUUACAUUUCAGGAACACUGAGUCUAUAAAGCUUCAUACAGAGGCAUUUAAAUUACUGAAACAUUUGCGUGUUUUAAAUCUCAGUGGAAGCUGCAUUGGAGAAAUACCUGCUUCUGUCGGUCAUUUGAAGCAUCUACGAUACCUUGAUAUUUCUGACUUAAAAAUUCAAACAUUACCUUCCUCAAUGAGUAUGCUGACAAAACUUGAGGCAUUGGAUUUAUCAAAUACUUCUCUCAGGGAAUUACCCUCUUUCAUUGGUACUUUACAGAAUCUUAAAUAUUUGAAUCUGCAAGGCUGCCACAUACUUCAAAACUUGCCUCCAAUCCUUGGUCAUCUCCGAACACUUGAGCAUCUUCGGUUGUCGUGUUGUUAUGAUGUCAAUGAACUAGCUGAUUCUCUGUGCAAUCUUCAGGGCCUGCGAUUUUUAGAUUUAUCAAGCUGCACUGAGCUCCCACAGUUGCCUCCUUUAUUUGGUGAUUUAACAAACUUGGAGGAUCUAAAUUUGUCUGGAUGCUUCAGCAUCAAGCAGCUACCAGAAUCUUUUGGUAACCUUUGUUUUCUUAGGUACCUGAACAUAUCAAGCUGCUAUGAGCUUCUGCAAUUGCCUGAAUCUCUCGGUAACCUCAUGAAGUUGGAAGUUCUUAUACUUCGGAGAUGUCGCAGACUUCAAAGUCUUCCUCCUUCCUUCUGGAACAUUCAGGACCUUCGAAUUUUGGAUCUAGCUGGUUGUGAGGCACUUCAUGUAAGCACUGAGAUGUUAACAACCAAUUUGCAGUACCUGAAUCUGCAGCAGUGCCGAAAGCUGCACACUCAGCCUAACUGCUUCAAGAACUUCACUAAAUUGACGUUUUUGAAUCUCUCAGAGUGCCACCCAAACACUGAUUAUCUAAGUCUCCCAGACUGCCUCCCUAACAUUGAUCAUUUUCAAUCUCUUGGUUACUUAAUCAACUUAGAAUAUCUGAAUCUGUCGCAAACCAUCCUCGAGAUCCCUGUGUCAUUUGAGAGGCUUCAGAAACUGCACACAUUGGACCUCACUGGUUGUGUUCUAAUGCAUCCAACAUCUGGUAUCCCUCAGAUAUUGCCAGAUAUGAUAGGUAAAAUGACUGGACUUAAAUUUGUGUUGACAAAAGAUCCGACAAUGCUGGCCUUUCUACCUCAACACAUCCGGUGCUCUGUUAGCAUUGAUGAACAGUGCUACAUGACAACUGACGAACUUGUUAUUCCAGACCUCACAGGAGGGUCCAAGGGCUUAGGUAUUGCGGAGAGAGUGAAUCUGCAGAAGCAUCAGGAGCUUCGUUUCCUUAAACUAGAGUGGAUGCCAACAUCUCAGUCAGCUGAAGGUAAUUUAGUUGACGAUGUAGGUGAAGAAGAAGUACUGGAAAAGCUCCAGCCAAACCAGAGUUUAGAGCAUUUUGAGCUAGUUGGAUAUGCAGGUCUUGUGUUCCCUAUAUGGAUGAUGGACAACAUAAUGACCUCACUUCCAAACCUUGUCAGUCUUCAUCUAUUCCACCUAGAGAACUGCAAAGAUUUCCUUCCACUUGGUGAGCUUCGAAAUCUACGCUACUUGCAUAUAAAAGAUGUGCCUAACCUCACAGAUCUCCAGAUGGGUCUUUCUGGUGGGCCGCAGCCUUUCGAGAAAUUAACACAUCUCACUCUGGAAUCAUUAUUUAACUUAGAAGAGUUAUCUGUACUGCUGGUAACCAGCGGCGAGCAUCACUUCAUGUUUCCAAGUCUCGAAGUGUUGUCCGUGGUAUCUUGCAGUAAGCUCAUGUUCAAACCAUCUCUCCCAAAAUGCUUGAAAUAUGAGAUAAGAGAGAGUAACCGUGUUCUGUUAUGUGGAGAACCUAUUGGACCAUCUUCGUCACUACCGGUUCAAAUAGAGAUAACUGGGUGCAGGAUACCGUCCAGUCUAUUGCAGUGGAUUAGAUCCUUGAUAACUCUUGAAAAAGCAGUGAUUGAUGCAUGUGUGGGGGAAGAUGGUCAAGCAAUAACUUCUCUUGGGAUCCUAGAUAUAAUGUGCACUGAAGAACAGCUCAGUAGCUACGCCGCUAAUGAAAUUACGACUGUCAAUCCACUGGAAACAAUAAUCCCAGAUGAGUUGACUAAGAUUGAUGCCCCUACUGAUACUGGUCACAGCAGAUCAACGUUUCAAAGUCGUUUCCCAUCGUUCAAGGUCUCUCCUACACAUAAAGAACUAUUGGCUUCCAUUAGCUUCAGCGGCUCUGGGUCUACAACCUCGGAAGAUCUGUCCACAAUUAGUAGCAGCUCCUUCUUUCUUGAGUCACGAAAUCAUACUAUCUUCACCUUUGAGGAAUUGAAGAUUGCCACAAGAAACUUCAGUCCUUCCAAUUGUGUCUGGGAGGAUUCUUCUGCAAUGGUUUACAAGGGGACUCUUAAUGAAAAAAUGAAGCCAUCAAGGAGCAGCAGUUUUCUGGUGGUUGCUGUCAAGAAGUUCAAGCCUGAGAGCAUAUGCUGGCCUGAAACUUCAAAGAAUGAGAUGGAUAUUUUUGGAAGAAUUUCACACCCAAACCUUGUCAAACUCUUAGGCUACUGCUUGGAGGACAACAACACAGCCCUUGUAUACGAGUUCAUGGCAAGGGGGAGCUUGCAGAAUCACCUCUUUCGGAGAGAAACGAAGCAUCUAUCUUGGAGUCUCAGGGUCAAUAUUCUUAUUGGGGCAGCUCGUGGCCUUGCCUUCCUUCACUCACUAGAAAGACCAAUCAUCCACGGAGACUUUAAGGCCUCAAAAAUCCUAUUAGAUUCGAACUAUAAUGCAAAGCUCUCGGGUCUUGGAGCCGCGAAGGAUGGCCUGUAUGGUGGGCCAUCACAUUUAACAGCACGAGUCGUGGGCACAUAUGCGUAUGCACCUCCAGAAUAUGUAGCAACAGGGCGCCUGUAUGUGAAGAGUGAUGUCUAUAACUUUGGAGUUGUGCUCCUGGAGAUGCUCUCUGGUCUGAGAGCGAUCGACCCAAGCCGCCCCACCGGGAUGCUCAGCUUGGUGGAUUGGGCGAAACCGUACCUGUCUGACAGGAGAAGGCUACAUAGGGUAAUAGAUCCUCGUCUUGCGGGGGAGUACUCAUCCAGAGGAGCCCUGCAGGCUUCACAGCUCGCACUCAGCUGCCUUCGUAAUGAACAUAGUUUACGUCCAUCAAUGAAUGAAGUCGUGGAUGUUCUCGAGAGUAUAGGCUUCAUGGAUACCAAAAGAACGGGGCUGAAGCACAUCUUCUUGCUACCGAAAGCCCCCGGGGCACUCUUUGCUGGGGUGCGCUCUAGGGGAUCGAGUUCCAUGAAUUGAUUCUGGUUUGAAGAUUGUACAGUUAGGCAACAGUUUCUGUUGUAAUGACGAAACCUGGCCUCGAAUGUGGUCUCCAUGAUACUAUAUGUUUUGAUUGAUCAGUAUGUUUUGCACCCAUCUGUGAUUGUAACCUGAACCUUUUUUUUUCCGCACAAUUGUAACCUGAAUCUGAUUGCUGUAGGAAGAAAGUGCAGCUUGCCAAGCAACGGCUAGAACUUUCCUAGCUUGAGUUCCAAACGUACUGUUUUGGAAUUAUGCCUUAGAAUUGCUUUUAUUGGGUUAUGAAUACGAAUCGGUUUACCCA